AUGGAUUAUCUGAUUCGCUUUAUCCAAACACAUGAGACGUUCCGCCAGCCAGAGAUUGAGGCCGUGGCCGAACUGAACUGUAUCAAGUUCGAGUGGCUCGCGUAUUCCCAUGAUGUAGGUUGACUAUCCAGAAGAGGCGGAAGGCGAGAACAGCGUGAAGAUGCUCGCGAAUGGUGUCCCUGACGUUCAGUAUGCGGCUCAUCUUGCAAGGUAACGCUGUCUGCCCACAAGGUUGGUAUACGCCCUCUGUUCUCGCCAUUCGCCGCUGGAACGCCAACUCGGCUCUAGCUAACUAACGUGUCCUCAGUCGCCCUUUGCCGUCAUUCGAUUCCACGGCGACAAUCACGAAGCGGCAGCAAAAUCUCUGAUCUCUCGUUCGAUCUUGACAUUUGCCAUAUACGAAUUGUGGGGUGAAGGACAUGACUACGACUCCCUUCACACCAACAUCCGCGGCCGGACGGAGUCGCUCUGGGAGCAGUAUCGACAUGCGUCGUUCCGCUUCGAGGUGGAUAGUUUCCAUGGCAGUCGCUCUACCAACGAGCAGCGUGACCUCAUGGAAUCGCUUGGCUAUAUGGGAUUUCAAGGACCCAUACGCAUGACCAAAGCUGAGCAUCACUUCACCAUCUUCGAAGACUACAAAUUGGAUGCGCCGAAGCCUCAUCGUCUGUUCUUCGGCAGACAAGUCGCCGAAAGUGGGCGCAAAGCUGUCGCGAAGUACACUUUGAAGAAGCGCAAGUACAUUUCCACUACCUCGAUGGAUGCGGAACUGUCCUUGGUGACCGCAAAUCUGGCCCUCUCUGCGCCUGGGAGGCUAGGCUAUGACCCGUUCAUGGGCACGGGCUCUUUCCCAUUGGCUUGCGCUCAUUUUGGUUCAGCUGUCUUUGGCAGCGAUAUGGACGGACGAAGCAUUCGUGGAAAGAAAGGCCGCACUGUCAGAGCCAAUUUCGAGCAAUAUGGAACCUCCUCGCUAUACCUAGACGGCUUCACGGCCGAUGUCACCAACACGCCUCUUCGCAGAUCACGAUUCCUGGAUUCGAUGGUUUGCGAUCCUCCUUACGGUGUUCGGGAAGGUCUCAAGGUCCUCGGCAGCUCCAAGGCGCAUCUGCAACAAGAAGUACUGCUUGCCGACGGGACGCCAGCUCAUCUCGGAGCGGGAUAUAUCCCGCCUAAGCGGCCUUACAGCUUUGUGCGCAUGCUGGACGAUAUUCUCGACUUUGCUAGCGAGUUGCUGGUGGAUGGAGGUCGCUUGUGCAUGUGGAUGCCCGUCGCUGGCGCGCCAGAUGAUGGAGCUGCAGCAGAAGCGGGUGCUGAGUUGGCAGAGGCAGACCAAGUGGAGGAAGCUGAAUACUCUAUACCUCAGCAUCCCGCUUUGCUUCUUGUGAGCUCUUGCCGACAAGACUUCAACAAAUGUAUGCUUAAACCUGACUUUCUAUCUACUGCACUCUAGUUGACUUUUACUUUACAUUAGGGUCAAGACGCCUUCUGACUUACAAGAGACUCGCGGACGCUUCCAUCGACUCGGACAGCAUGGCCAUAUAUCGAAUGCAACGGCUUGAGUAUGAAACUCACAGAAGCGAUGGCGGGGCAACCGCAGACGAGUUGAAUGAUUUCCGGCGAAAGGCAUGUAUCCAUUCGCCUAUGGCCCCUACAGCAGUACUAACACGGUGUAGUAUUUUCAAGGCUUCAAAACCUAG